AAACGGAGCAUUCAUCGGGGGUUUCAAAAACGCCAAGUAAGAGUCUGCUGCUGGACCCUGCUCCAUAAAUGUGACAGAGAACUUAAUCGGGAUUCGGACUCGGCACCUACUUCCGAACGUUGAGAGCCGCCCACAAAAGCGUCAUCCCGUACACCCUGCCCAGGUAUUACGCGGUGGGCGUUGAAACGGGAUAAGUAAGGAAGUCGACCGAAUCUUUAAGACUCACUUCAAGUACCUAAGAAAUUCUCCAUAGGUUGUUUGGUAGCCUGUUGCUAAAAUGUCUUUGAAAGAUAGAUACCAGGCCUCAAUGGUGCUAAGUGGAGUUGGAGACGCCUUGGGAUACAAAAUUGGCAAGUGGGAGUUCUGUAAGAGUGGGACAAUAAUUCUGAAUGAACUUGCUGCAAUGGGAGGACUAGAAGCAGUGGAUAUUGAUAAGUGGAUUGUGAGUGAUGACACAGUAAUGCAUCUGGCCACUGGUGAAGCGCUAAUAAAGGCAGGGAAGAAGCCCAACCUACUUGAACUCUACAAGAUUAUGGCAAAGAAUUACAAACUCUGCUUGUCUGACAUGAAAAAUAGGGCUCCAGGUCAGACCUGUAUAGAUAUGGUGAACAAACUGAACCCUGAUAUUCCAGGUGGACUGAAUCUUAAAUUUAAUCCAAAAGGAGGAGGAUGUGGGGCUGCCAUGCGUGCCAUGUGCAUUGGGUUGCGAUUUCCACAACCUUCUGAAGAAAAACUCCUGAUUGAAGUGAGCAUUGAGAGUGGGAGACUGAGCCAUCACCACCCUACAGGCUAUCUCGGCGCAUUAACUGCAGCAUUAUUUACAGCCUAUGCUGUGAAUGGCAGGCCUCCUCAGGAGUGGGGAAGGGGUCUCCUGGAAGUUUUGCCAAAAGCAAAAAGCUACAUAGUAAAAUCUGGACUUGAUGUUCAAGAAAAUCUGGAAACAUGGGAUUAUUUUGAAAAAAAAUGGAAUGACUAUCUUAAAGAAAGAGGAAUUCUGGAUGGCCAAUCACAGCCUAAAUUCCCUGAUGCCUAUGGUCCGGUAGAAAGAGAUGUCUUUUAUUCAACACUGAGUUAUCAAGGCUGGGCAGGAAGCAGUGGUCAUGAUGCUCCCAUGAUAGCAUAUGAUGCCCUGCUGAAAGCUGGUAGCUCAUGGGUCACUCUUGCCCAUCAUGGAUUUUUCCAUGGAGGGGACAGUGACUCAACGGGUGUCAUUGCUGCAUGUUGGUGGGGAGCCAUAUAUGGCUUUGAAGGAGUACCCAAGUGCAAUUAUGAAAAGCUUGAGUAUAAAAGCAGACUAGCUAAAAUUGGUGAAGAACUGUAUGAGCUAAGUAGAAAUGGAGUUGCUGGUGGUGGUGGUGGUGGUGGUAGCUGUCAACAGGCAUGAGCAACAUAAAGAAUCACCAGAUUUAAGAAGUCAGAUCGAUCUGUGGUCAAAGACAACUUUAUAUUUACACUAUAACAAUAUGGUUUUGGGAAAGACCAUGAAAUAUAAACGAAUAUUGGGAUGUCCAUUUUAUUUUGUAUUGACGACUUAUGGUUACAUUUGAUUUACUGUAACUGUACUUAAUAAAAAAUUCAUAAAAAUGA